AUGACAUCUCAGUAUGCAUACGCCGCCUUAAAUGCGACCAAUGUGCAAGCAGUGAAUGACGCCGAGGCAUCAUGUUAUGAUGAAGAAACGGAGGCCGGUGGUAGGCCAUCACGCUCGUGCUGCAGGUCGAACAUUCUCUCAAGAGUCAAGGAUGUCGUGCAGAGCAAUAUAGGCUUGUUGCUGAUUGUCGCAUCGCAGGCGUUCAUGUCAUUUAUGAAUGUCUCGGUGAAGAAGCUAAACAGCCUCGAUACGCCUGUUCCUACGUUAGAGCUAGUUCUUGUAAGGAUGCUUAUCACCUACAUGUGUUGCAUGUCUUACAUGUUAUUGCGCGGUGUAGAGGACCCAUGGAUCGGCCCUAAGGGCGUGCGGCUACUCCUAGUGCUCAGGGGUGUCACUGGUUUCUUUGGCUUGUUCGGACUGUAUUAUUCGUUACGAUAUCUAUCACUUUCUGAUGCUGUCGUUCUGACGUUCCUCUCGCCCCUUACAACCGCUAUUUCUGGAUCGUGCUUGCUCGGGGAAACAUUUACCAAGAGAGAAGCACUAGCUGGAGUCCUUAGUUUAUCUGGCGUUAUUUUGAUCGCUCGCCCAGCAUUUCUGUUUGGCGGGACGAGCAUAAAUGAGGGUUCUGCGACUGAGUCAUCCCAAAGACUGAUAGCAGUCGGGAUCGCGCUCUUGGGCGUCCUUGGUGCCACUGGUGCUUACACAACACUGAGAGCGAUCGGUAAACGCGCGCACCCUCUGCAUGCAAUGACCUCCUUUUCUGCGCAAUGUGUGGUUGUCUCCAUCAUCGGCCUUGUUGCCACGCAGACAAAACUCGUAUUUCCCUCAAAAAUCGAAUGGCUACUACUCCUUCUCUUGAUUGGUGUCUUCGGAUUCAUUGCCCAGGUCCUUCUCACGAUGGGAUUGCAGCGGGAAACUGCAAGUCGGGGAUCGCUAGGCAUUUAUACCCAGAUCGUCUUCGCUGGUAUUCUAGAGCGAAUAUUCUUCCAUACAGCUCCAUCCGUUCUCUCCGCAAUCGGUACAAUCAUCAUCAUCACUUCUGCUCUAUACGUCGUGCUUACGAAAGAAACUACGUCCACAAGUAAACCCAUCGCCCUUGAACACAUUGAUGAUACCUCAAUGGAAGAAGGGUUGCUUGCACGUUCAGAAGGCUUAAGCGUUGGCGCCAUAGGACAUAUAAGUGUUGAUGAUUUCAUGGUCGGGGUAGCCUCUCCUUCCAUGAAGCGUGCGCCCAGUCCUAGGCCAAGAGAUGAUGCUACUGGAUUACUUGGUAAUAAAGAGCUUUCGGUGGAAAAGUCUGUAUUAGAAGAGAAGUAG